AUGGACCCGGCCGUGCCAACACUGAGUGUCCCACGUCGCAAGGAGCCGAGCCGCGACGUCCGGGGCUCCGAGAGCGAGACGCGGGAGCCGGACAGCGACCGGCUUUCGCAGCCGAGCGUGGACUCGCAGCCAGGUCUGCAGAAGCCGGAUGAAGAGGUCGUGGCCUCGCCGGAGAUGUUUGCCUCGGCCCCGAACGCUUUGGCGUUCGAUGAGACCAAACUCAUUGACUUGCCUUUGGCAGAACAGAGGCGACGUGGGAAUGAGCUGCUCUCCAUGCUCUCUGAGACUGGGCGCCGUGCUUGCCAAACCUUCCACCAGCACCGGAAUUUUUAA